CACAAAACAAAAACAAAUUCGGGAAUAUGGCAUUGGAAGCUCCUCUAGCAGUAGGUGCUACUGUGGCAGCUGCAGCUUUAGGGGGUAGAUACAUGAUUGUAGCAUGGCAAGCAUUCAAAACUUACCUUUCAGCUCCCCGUGUUCGAAGAUUUUAUCAUGGUGGGUUUGAGCAGGUCAUGACUAAACGAGAAGCAGCAUUAAUUCUUGGAGUCAGGGAAAGCGCUGUGAUGGAAAAGAUUAAGGACGCUCAUAGAAGAGUAAUGGUGGCAAAUCACCCGGACGCCGGUGGAAGCCAUUAUCUUGCAUCCAAGAUAAAUGAAGCCAAGGAUAUCUUGACGGGUAAGACUAGGGGAGGAAGCUCAGCAUUUUAGAUGACACAACAGGCUAGGCCUGGCCACGCCACGGUACUAAUGUAUAUUUGGAGGUUUCAAUCAUAUGUGAUAUGGGAAAAGAAAAAAAUAAAUAAAUGUGUAUUUGAGUUUUCUGUAAUAGCUUUUCUCUAUAAUUUGUCAUUCACUUGAU